AUGCGGAAGGAGUUGGGCAAGGUGGUGGUUAUGGAUUCUUCCAAUGCAUCCAAUUCGAACACCUCAAACACUGCAUGUGGAUCAAUGCUGCCGCAGUCCUCUACUCAGACUCAAAAUAAAGAUCCAGCAUGGAAAUGGGCUAAAUUGAAAGACCCUGCAUUUCCGAAGAAACUAAGUUGUGUACUUUGUAACAAAGAAAUGCGUGGUGGUGGAAUUACUAGGCUUAAGGAGCAUAUCACACAAAUCAGGGGGAAUGUUUCUUCAUGUUUGAAAGCAUCGGCUGAAGUUAUAAAUGAAAUUAGACUAGCUGACAAUAUAAAGAAGUUAAAGAAAUCUCACAGGGAUGAUGUUGAUGCUAUGUAUCGGCGUACAAAAUAUGAUGAGAAGUCUGAUGUUGAUACUGAUGAUGAGGACCUUGAUGUGCAAGAAGUUGAAAAGGUUUCCAAUGUGGGCAGUGCUAGUGGUAGUCAAGAAGUUGUUCAGAGUCAGAGGAAGAGAAAAUUCAAGAGACAUAGUAAUUGUAGGGGUCCAAUAGAUUCACUCAUGCAGACAGACCACCGUAAAACUCAACAAGCCACUCUUGAAAGAAACAGUUCACCGAAAGAGAAGUUACUGAAAGAUGCAUGGAAAAGCAUUUCGGCUUGGAUGACUGAGAAUUCCAUAUCUUUUAAUAUUGUUCGUUGUCCAAGUUUCCAAGAAAUGAUAUAUGCAAUUGCUAUGCCCGCGCCAUCUUACCAUCAGAUUCGUACAAAUCUUUUCAAGGAGCAGUUAGAAGAAAUGAAGAAGUUUGUUGAUACAUUUAGGGUACAUUGGAAGAGGUAUGGAUGUUCUAUUAUGUCCGAUGGUUGGACAGAUGGGAAAAAGCGACAUCUUAUCAACUUCUUGGUGAAUUGUCCGAAAGGGUCAGUUUUCUUGAAGUCCGUGGACGCGUCAGAUAGAACCAAUGAUGCUGAUUUCAUACGUGAGCUUGUAAAGGAGGUAAUGAAUGAUGUUGGGAAAGAAAAUGUGGUUCAGUUCAUUACCGAUAAUGGUUCAAACUUUAAAAAGGCUGGGAAGGAUUUAAUGCUUGAAUACCCAAAUCUAUUUUGUACUCCUUGUGGUGCUCAUUGUGUCCAGUUGAUGCUAGAAGAACUUGGUGACAAGCUUACACGAAUCAAGACAGCCGUCAUUCUAGGUAAAAGACUUGCUACAUACAUUUAUGCUCAUUUUCAAGUAUUGUGCUUGAUGAGGAAGAUGACAGGUGGAGACUUACAUAGAUUUUCAAAAGAAAAUGUUGGAAUUAAUGCCCUUAAAAUUGUUACAAGUAGUACAUUUUGGGAAGAUGUUGAUUACUCUUGUAGUGUGUUGAAGCCUUUAGUUAAGGUUGUAAGACUAGUGGAUAUCGAGCGCAAACCUACGAUGCCUUGUUUUUAUGAUGCAAUGAGAAUAGCAAGGGAUCAAUUAGAGAAGAAUUUCAGCGAAGAUUAUGAUACUUGGGCUGUAAUUAAUGCUUGCUUUGAGAAAAUAUGGAAGGAAAACUUCAAUCAUGCUCUACAUUGUGCUGCAUAUUAUUUGAAUCCAUCCAUAUUCUACAAUAUUGAAACUUAUGAAAUGGAUAGUAAUGAAAAGUACAUAGAAAUCAAAAGGGGACUUCAUACAGCAAUGGAAAGGCUUAUACCCAAUGAAGAUGAGCUUGAUCAAGCUACAAGUGAAUUGAGAAAGUAUGCUGAUGUUGUUGGGAUCUUGGGAAGUCCAUCUUGCAAAAGAAGAAGAACCAAGGAUCAACCUCAUGAUUGGUGGAUUACAUUUGGAGGAAUCGAUGUGCCUAACCUGCAAAAAUUUGCAAUCAAAGUAUUGAGUCUUACUUGUUCUGCUUCCCCAUGUGAGCGAAACUGGAGCACAUUUCAAAAUUUGCACUCGAAAAAACGAAAUCGCAUAAAACAACAGAAGUUGAAUGAUAGUUUCUUUAUCCAAUAUAAUAAGAAAUUGCAGCGUCGUUACAUAGAAAUCCAACAAUAUAACGACGAUGAUAAAGCAAAUGAUCCUAUUUUCCUGGAGGAGCGUGAUGAAAAUGAUGAAUGGUUGGAUUUACGAAAUUUGAAUGACUUGGAUGUGCUAGGUGAUAAUGUAAGUUUCAAUGAUUUGCAAGAGACAGCGGGUGAAGAACGUGAGACAGUUGGUAGUGGAGGUGCUUCUAGUUCUCGAAGCAAGUCUACUUUUCCAACCGACUCGGAGUAUGAUGGAUAUGACACCGAUGAAUUGAUGUUGGACACUGAAAAAGGGCUACUCGUUGUUGUUGAGAAUGACGGAAUUACUCAAGAUGAUGAUAUCUAUGAUUAUUCAAAUUAUGUUGAUUAG